AUGACAAGCAAUUGGGGCCUCGACUUCGUCCUCGAGAAGGGCGGAGACGCAGUCAUCGUGGACAUCAACAUGGGACGCCCGAAUGGGAACUUCGCCGUCCGGCUUUGGGCCAGCCUUUCCGAGAAACCGCUGACCGUGUUCACAGGAUCGUGGACGGUUCCUGGUCACGCACUUUCCAUCCAGAGUAUCUUCGAGCCUUUGCGCGCGGCGAAGAUCCUCUGGAAUGGCGAUGAGGGGGUCAUCAUGUACCAACAUGUGCCGGACUGUCCUUCCAGCUACGUCAUUGCGAGUGAACGUGGUGCCGAUGGUGUUUCUCAGCUUCAAGCGCGUUUUUCCAAGACAGUGCUUGAUGUGAAUGGCCUUGUGUUGCCCUAG